GUUAUACACAGAUUGAUCAGUUGUACCACGUCAAGCCUCCCAAGUUGCAUGCGAGAGCUUGGUAGUUUCCCGAUGCCAACACACAUGCGAAUGGAUUGUGUUCAAAUCCAGGGAAGAUAAAAAAAAUGUUCCAUUCCGUCUCUCACACAUUUUUCUUCGUUUUGAUGACAUUAUGGAUGUUAAUGUCCGGCACACUAGCGGCUAUCCAUUCUAAAACACCACUGACGAAAUGUUGUUUUAAUCAUCAAGCUUACAUGGCCGAAUUGGAUGUCUGUCGUGAUUGGAAAAGACCCAUAACUCAUUCCAAAUUGUCGGAAGCCCCGCCCGUCUACUCUUUAGGAAGAAGCUCUGAACCGGCUCCCGUUCAUGUGGAAACUGACAGCUUUGUAAUGACUCACCAGUUGAAACGUUGCCCUGUAGGAUACGUCGGAAUGAGCAGCCCAGAUUUCAAAUUCUAUGAGGACGGUUCCAUCUUUAGUCUGGAGGAACACAUAACUUACCAAGCCGGCGAAUUUUGCAUACAAGAAACGUUUCCUUCCGGACGGCUAGUGGCUCGCUAUUGCGUCAGAGAUCCAUGCAAUCGCACAGACGUCUGCAUACGGAAAUGCUGUCCAAAUUACACAGCUUUUGACAUUUCUUCGACGCGUUGCAUUAACCAUUUGAGCAAUUUGACCGUGACGCUGUACAACAACACGGGAUAUCCUCUUCACAUCAAAAGCGAAGAUCUUUUCAUUCGGGAUGGAAUAGCUCCGCAAUGCCGGGAUGGUUUCAAGCACAGACUGCUGGAUGUAAAUGAUUAUAUCAUGCUACCUAAUGGUUUACUGGACAUUCUUCAAACUCGGCGUUGCUCCGGAGCUCAAAAAGACGGUGGCCUAAUCACUGACGAAUAUUGUAUCGACCAUUUCGUGGAUGUCAAUGGCACAUCUGGAGAACGCGCCCUGGUCUGCGUUGAAGAUGACACGAAUUCAACUUAUCCGAUCUUCUUGUUCGUUUCGUCAUUCUUCUUGGUCGCAACAUUUGCUGUCUACGCCCUAAUACCUGAAAUUCGAAAUAUUCAUGGUGUGGUCAUCAUGUGCUAUGUUGUAUCUCGGGCUGGUGCCUACCUGAUUUUCGGCACUCUACAAUUAGUAGGCACAACUAGAUCAACAAUUGCUUGUAGAGCUAUGUCCAUCCUCAUUCACUUCUCCUACCUGUCGACUUACACAUGGCUCAAUGCCGUUUGUUUCGACAUUUGGUGGACUCUAAAAUCCAUGCAACCGUGCAGUUCCGUCAACCAGGCCAUCCGUCAAAAUAAUCUGGGCAAACCAUUUGUUGCUUAUUCACUCUAUUCGUGGGGACUGGCCGCAAUCAUCGUCAUAAUUGGACAAGUCCUAGAUUAUUACAAAAUUUCGGCAUCUGAAUCGAUCAUCAGAUCACAAUUUGGCGAGGAUGCUUGCUGGUUUUCGAGUUAUGGAGCCAUGUUUGCAUACGUGUAUGGUCCGGUUUGCAUCUUGAUUCUUGUCGAUAUCAUCUUUUUCGUUAUGACAAGCGUCCUUCUUCGUCGAGCUGGAAUCGGCGCAGGCAAUCGCCAUGCUCGCGAAAAAUACCGUUUACGUGUCAUUUUCGGUCUGUUUGUCCUGAAAAUCGUCUCUUGGCUGGCCGAGUUUAUCACUUACGCAAUCGGCUGUCUAAACGAGGCAUCGUACGCCAUCGACGUUAUCGAAACGCUAUCCAGCGUCUUGACGUUUGCCAUUUUCGUCUGUAAACCAAAUGUUUGGCGUUUGUUUAAACAGAAAUGCCCAUGUCUGGAACGACUGGAACGCAUUCUACCUUACAGCGCAAACGCAAACAAUAGGUGCAGCACUGUACCGACCCUUUCGACCAACGUCAGUUCCAGGGAGCACCUCCACGCCGAUUUAAUUAAGAGCAUAUCAUCACGAUUCCGUAAAUAGAAUGAAGAGCCUUUUCCAUUUGUCCGACGUCCAUGACGUAAAAUAAAACG